AGUAGUUUGACAGCUUUCAAACUGGGAUAUACACUCCAAAGUUGGGGAUCUACUGUGCUUUAGCAGGAGGGACUGCUAAGAAGAAGAAAGGGAGGCCCGCAUAGCCAAGAUACCAGAUGUCCAUCAUCCUUUCCGGUCUUAUCCACAUCUUUCGACCGCUGCUGUCCUCCCUCUCUGGUGCACUCGACUGUAAGGGCUUGGGGCCAUGGUACUUCCUGCUAGGCCUCCGCAUCGUGGCCAUCUUCUUCUCCAACGGCCCAUGGGAUUCGGUGAGGGAGGACGUGGCCUGCAAUUUUGUGGCACCCAUAGAAGACAGGUCACGAUUCUUCUGUUUAGCAGUGUGCCACAACCAACGUUUCCCAGUGUCUAUAUCAAGCACAUGGGGGCUGGUGUUCCUCGCAUUGCUCCUUCUGGUGGGGCUCAUGAGGCUUACCCGCCCCAAGAAAAAGAAAAAGAAGGAAAAUGGCAGAGAGACCGAGAAGCGGGAUAAAGACAAAGGUUUAGCUAUUGUCGAAACUUCGCCUCCUGGAGCAGGGACAGACUUUUCCCAUGUCUACUGGGUCGGGCGCCGUGGUCUCCCUAGACGCUAUGGCAACAAUGCUUACCCGCAUCACCAUAUGCACCAUAUCCACCAUCCCCACUAUAGUGGUUGGCAUCAUUGGGACGAUUGGCCUGGGGCACCUUUGGCCCACACGGCUGGUGGACAUGGUGCUGAGAUUGGCGUUGUUCCUUGUGAUGCUGGAGGGUAUGGCAUGCCAGUCCAUGCUGAGCACAUGGGCCAGCCCAAAAUGCCUGACCACUGCUAUGCUAUGCCUGAGCCCCAAAUGGGCACAUGCCCCACAGACAAUAGGCGAAUGAAGAUGCCCACACAUUGCACGGGAACAGAUGAGUAUGGAAUGCACACACACCAAAGUCCCAUGAGGCAAAAUCAUGUUGCACCCCACAGUGGUGAAAAGGGGCAAUACAGUGCACCCACCAAGUGUAUCCCUGUUCCCAUUAACAGCUCACCUUAUAUAAGUAAAAUGCCUCCCCACUGCCAGACAAAUGAGGAACACGGCGAGACCAUCCAGCCUGAAGAAUAUGGAGCUGUCAAAUGUCCUGACUAUGCAUACAAUGCAGGCACACGUACAAGAUACACCAGCCAGGGCAAAACGGGCCCCAGGUACUGUGAAGAUGGCCAGUAUAGCAUGGCAUCCAAAUGCACACCAGACACUGAAGGGAGCAUGGAACAACUUGCUGUUCCCCCUCAGUUGGAUGACAACGCAAACAUGGCCAUCAAACGUAGGGCAGUUCAGGGAAAUAAGAUGCAUACCAAACACCACAGGAAUUUGGAUGCUGCUGGCAGAAGUGACAUGGGCUAUGGAAGCAACACAUGCACCCAACCAUGGAUGGCCGGUGAUUCUAAUUGCAGGCCCACUGGUGGGAAGAAUAUAAUGACGGGGCCUACUGUGGCUACAGUCUGUUGCCAUGACGAUGCAGCCUGCGCAUAUGCUGAUCCGUGUCAUAUGGCUCCUCAAUGCGAACCUCCAUGUGCACCCUGCUGUGAUGCAGAGUGCACUCAUGACAGACACAGGCAUCGAGAGACCCAUUCUGGGCCCCAAGAGAUUGCCAAGAGCUCCAUCACUAAUAUUUGUGGCAUACCGCUUUUUGAUAUCUGGGUGGGGCUUCUUCUAGCUAUGGAGAUUAGUUUCCUUUGUGUUGUGAUUCUCUUCCAGAUGCCCACUCUUUUAGGGAAAACAUGGAUAUGUUCCCCGGGAGCAGUCAGCUGCCCCCCAGUUGUUGAGUGUACGGUGAAAGCAAGGGCUGAAAAACGGGUUGCGCUUUGGGGGCUGGCUUUCACUGCCAUUCUUUUCAUAAUUGCCUGUAGUGGCUACUUUAAUCUUCGGUUCUGCUGGAAUAAGAGGUGUCGUCGAAUGUGUGGAGAAACAGAAGAAGCAAGUAAUGAAGAUUGUCCUGAAGACACAGAAGAGCAGGAUGGUGAAGAAGGUAGUGAUGAGGAGAAUAAGGAAGGAGUCUGAGAAGGAGGUGGGGGUGUGGAAGAGCAGUGAGGGUUACUCAGGAUAUAUCAGGCUGGUACUACUUCAGACUUGCCUGACUCAAUAUAUGAACUUUUCCUAGGCUUGUUGUUUCUGGACUUUAAUUCUUAUUAUUCCCAAUCAACACACCCAAUAAUUAGAGCCAAUGGAAGGGUGUUGUUGUCUAGCAAUUUCUGUACAGUCAAACUUGGGAAUGGCUGCAAAAAGUCUCCCUCUACACAGAACCAUCACAGUCAAAGUGAAAGGUUUUGGUUCAUCCUUGUUCCCUGGUUAUCUUUUCUUAUAUAGGGUCCAGGAUAAAACAAAACAAAAUUCAUCCCCUCCUUCAUAUAGAAAACUACCUUCCAAGGGGAAGGUUCUAUCCUAACUUUGUUCCCUGAUAUCUUAAUAUUUUAUCUGCCAGGUUUUCUUCUUGUAUAGAGGAUUUACUCCUGAAAGGCCCUACUUGCCUUCUGAGGGAAUAAUGCCAGCACCUGGCAGCAUUAGGCUCACUGUUUUUGUUUUCCUGGCCUGACACCCCAGAUAGUUUGCUAUUCCCAGAAAUUCCCCAGAUCUAAUGUAACACUGUGGGAAGUAUAAAAAAACAACAACACGUGGAUGCUCUUUGUAUAUAUGUUUUCUUUGGCAUCCUCAAAUCUGAAGCUACACCACAACACAGGUUAACCAUUAGGUGUGAAAGACACUGGAAGGUUGGAGAAUUGCUGAAGUCAACAAAGAGAAGCUGAGAAGACUCUGAGAUAAUGUGUGUGAAUGUAUACUCCUGGCAGAUGUAGAUGACAAGAAAGGAGAUUUAUCGUGGAGGUGGAGACAAAGCACUUACAUAUUUGUGCCAUGUGCAUUGAGUUAUCUCCUCCUUGUUCCUUUUUGUGGCUAAAUUAAACUACCGGGGAGGGUGACAUUCAAGGCCACGGAAACUGCAGUUCUGCAAAAUCUACACUAUAUGUACCUCUGUGUUAAAAACUGACCUUUCAACAAGCUCAGCAAGCUGACAGAAAUUGUUAAGAGGCCCUAACAUUGGGCAGGAUGUGGCAGUGACCACUGGGUAGCCAACUCAGAUUUGGGAUAACACAAAAGGGUGUGAAUGGUCAGUUGUUUAAUUUAUUGUUAUUGUAUGCUUAUUGUCAUGAGGGGGUAAGUGGUGACUAUAAGAUUUUCAGUCUUAGGUACCAAAAUAACUUGAAUAGCUUAGGGUACUAUGAAUUAACUUUGAGGGACAGAAAAAGAGAGAGUAUAUACCAUUUGCUGCUUUUCUUCAGAAAAUAACAUGAGCUUCCCAAAACUUAUUCAUUGACUGCUGUAUGACUGUCGCUCAAUUAAAGAAUUUUCUGACCCUUGACUAAAACCA